AACGCCAACCAAACGCCCCUAGAAGUUAAAAAGUUUCCAUGUGUGCCUCAAUUAGGCAGAUCGGGUGGGACUCCGACCUCUUCCACGGGACCAUAGAAAAUCUUCCAUCUUCCCCGAAGCAAGAUAAGUCUAAAAGUACUCAACAAGUUGUGAGAAAUCAUUUCACUUGAGCAGCAACAAACACUCAAAAUGGCACAGCAAGAGCAGGUUCUAGAAGAAAAGAGGUCAUCGGCUAGGAUAUUGACUCUGAACAGGCCUAGGCAAUUGAAUGCCCUUUCAUUCGAAAUGAUUUCUCGGCUAUUGGAACUUUUUCUACGUUAUGAUGAUGAUUCUAAUGUCAAGCUUAUCAUCGUCAAGGGAAAAGGUAGAGCAUUUUGCGCCGGUGGUGAUGUUGCUGCAGUUGUCCGUGAUAUAAAUCUAAGUGGAUGGAGAUCAGGUGCAAAUUUUUUUUACAAGGAAUUCUUCUUAAAUUUCUUGAUGGCAACAUUCACUAAACCCCAGGUUUCAAUUCUAAAUGGAAUUGUCAUGGGAGGUGGGGCUGGUGCUUCAAUUCAUGGUAGAUUCCGUGUUGCAACUGAGAAUUCAGUAUUUGCAAUGCCAGAAACAGCAUUAGGACUCUUCCCAGAUGUUGGUGCCUCUUACUUCUUGUCAAGACUACCAGGUUACUUUGGAGAAUAUGUUGGUCUUACAGGUGGAAGGUUGGAUGGUGCUGAAAUGCUUGCAAGUGGCCUUGCAACUCACUUUGUUCCCUCAUCAAGAUUAUUUUCUUUGGAAGAAGCGUUGUGCAAGAUAGAUUCAACUGAUCCAGCAGUCAUUUCGGAGAUUAUUGAUAAAUAUUCUGAGCAGCCAUAUUUGAAAGACCAUAGUGCUUAUCACCGGAUGGAUGUUAUUGAUAAGUGCUUUUCUCGAAGAACAGUUGAGGAAAUUUUAUGUUCCCUGGAGAGGGUAGGCAUAGAUAAGGCAGAUUCGUGGAUAACUAACACAAUUCAGGCACUGAAGAAGGCUUCACCAACUAGUCUUAAAAUUUCUCUCAGAUCAAUCAGAGAAGGAAGGCUUCAAGGUGUUGGUCAAUGCCUUGUUCGUGAGUAUAGAAUGGUUUGCCAUGUCAUGAGGGGAGAGAUUAGCAAGGACUUCUUUGAGGGUUGCAGAGCAAUACUAUUAGACAAGGAUAAGAACCCGAAGUGGCAACCAUCUAAGUUGGAGCUUCUCAGUGACAGUAUGGUUGACCGGUACUUCUCUCCAGUCAAUGAUGAAGAGUGGGAAGAUUUAAAGCUUCCUGCUAGGUUCAACUUGCCUGCUUCUGCCAUUGCAAAGCUUUAAAUCAUUCCUGAAAAUGUGUUGCAGUUAUCUUAAUAAAACUUGUAACUUCAUCAAACUGCAGGGUAUUUAUGAACAGGCCAGAAAAUAAGUUUGCUGAGCCCUAUCGCACAUGAAGUGACAGUUAAAUAAAGAGAGAUGAUUGUUACAUAUCAUCAUUACCAGUAAA